CAGCUCAGAGGAGGGAUGCCCGGCUUACUGCUGCCUCUUCGAGCGGCUUCUGAGGCUGCGGGACUUGCUUUCAUCCUGGUGAUCGCAUGGCUAAAGCUGGAGAAUCCGUGCCAGCCACUGCCCUGCCCUGAGAGCUGCUGGCAGGUCUCGCUGGAGGGCAUGGGCACAUCUCUGAGGCUGCUCAGUGAGCCCUGGUCUGUGUGGCCGCAGACUCUGGGCUUUCUUCAGCUGUUCGUUGGGCAUUGUGAGAGUCACAGGGCAGUGGCUGCAGGACUGUGCCGAUAAAAGGCCGUUAUGUUGUCUACCACACCAGCACUUCCCUUAAGUAAACGAUGAGUUAAGUGAAAUGAUGGUUAAUCUUGGAUGGCUAAUCUUGGGACUGAGGGACGUCAGGAGCAAAUCAUUUCAUGCUGCCGUUUGACUUUUAGGGCUGGAGGCGUGUAAGUGUUGUGUUUGCUUUUUUUAUGCCUGAGCAGGUGUGGCUGGGAGCAGCCAGCAGGCGUCGAUGAUGGCAUUUCGUUUCCCUUUUUAUCUCUGAGUCACAAACUUGCAGCGUGCAGUCUGCUGUCCCUUCUUUACCUCUCAUCUCAGUGAAACCUGCUGCAUGGGAGCAGGCAGGAUGCUUCACUGUGGCUGCUGUCGCUCCUUUGCUCUGUGCCCCGCCUGCACCUGCAGGUUGGAAAGGAAAAGCUUUUGGUGACCUACAUCAUUCUCCCUGCAAAAUGGAGUGACUUCAGAAUGGCUCCCCACGAUCUUCUGAAUUUGGCUCCUGAUUAAAGCUGACAGAUAAUGGAAACAUUUCCUCGGCGAUGUCUCUGGGGCGACUCCUCCGACGUGCCUCCUCUAAAGCUUCUGACCUCCUGACCCUGAACCCUGGUGGCAGCAGCACUUCAUCUUCCAUACUCGAUGGGGAGAUUAUCUACUCCAAGAACAAUGUCUGUGUCCACCCACCUGAGCUGCUGCAGGGCAUCGGGGAGCACCACCCAGGCUAUCUGUGCCUGUACAUGGAGAAGGAUGAGCUGCUCGGCACCACGCUCAUCCUCGCCUGGGUCCCAAACUCGCGCAUCCAGAGGCAGGAUGAAGAAGCCCUGCGUUACGUCACCCCCGAGAGCUCCCCGGUCCGCAAAGCUCCCCGCAAACGAGGCCGCCACGCUCAGGGAUUUGGCACUGCCCACACUGAGCCAAAAGGGGCAGCGGUCCUGAAGGAAGACAUCUUGACUGUGUCACAGCUCGUGAAGGACGGGGCUUACAUCAGUUCCCCUUCUUUGGAUGGGGAGAAGCUGCCCCAGAGCUGCGUGGCAGCAGACGGCGCCCAGCAGUCCCCGCAGCCUGCGCACAGCGACUCAGGAAUCCUAUCGACAAUCAGCUCUCAGGAUGAGCAGAACAGGUCAGAGCCGUCGGUGGAGGAAGGGCUGGACUGCAGGCCAGAGCCAGGGGAGGACGAGGGCUCCCUGGAGCUGUUUGCUGACGAUGUGAGCAGGGACAGCACUUUCGACUCUGAUUCUGAUGCCUUCUCUUCCCCGUUCUGCCUCUCUCCCAUUAGCGAAGCCCUUGUGAAAAGCAGUAGUUCUGUAUUUCUGGAUAAUGAAACCAGGGACACAGGUGAUGGCUGCAGGGACACAGGUGAUGGCUGCAGGGAUGCAUGUGAUGACCACGUGCCAGGUUCCCACUGCUGCACAGAGAGCCCCAACGGCAGCACCCAGAGCCCAGAGAGCAGCGGGCGAACGCAGGGAGAGGAGCAGCAGAAGGUGGGAGCCCUGGAGCAGAUCUGCGGAGUCUUCAGAGUGGACCUGGGACAAAUGAGAUCCCUGCGCCUUUUCUUUAGCGACGAGGCAUGCACCUGUGGGCAGCUGGUAGUCGCCAGCAGGGAGAGCCAGUACAAGAUCUUCCAUUUUCACCAUGGAGGCCUGGAUAAAGUGUCAGAGGUGUUCCAGCAGUGGAAGUACUGCACCGAGACCCACCUGAAGGAGCAGGUAGCGGGCAAGCAGCUCGCUGAUGAGAAGACAUGCAUGCAGUUCUCCAUCCGUCGGCCCAAGCUGCCCUCAUCAGAGACUCACCCAGAGGAGAACGCCUACCGGCGCCUCGACGUGUCAGCAUGGCUCAGCCACCUGAACCACUGCGGGCAGGUGGAGGAGGAGUACAAGCUGCAGAAGGCCAUUUUCUUUGGUGGGAUCGAUAUGUCCAUCCGUGGGGAAGUGUGGCCUUUCCUGCUGCACUACUACAGCUACGAGUCCACCUCUGAGGAGAGGGAGGCACUGAGGGUGCAGAAGAGGAAGGAGUACUUUGAGAUCCAGGAGAAGAGGCUUUCCAUGUCUCCAGAUGAGCAGAAGGAUUUCUGGCGCAAGGUGCAGUUCACAGUAGACAAGGAUGUUGUGAGGACUGACCGCAGCAACCAGUUCUUCCGAGGGGAAAACAACCCCAAUGUGGAAACAAUGAGGAGGAUCUUGCUGAACUACGCAGUGUUUAACCCAGCUAUUGGGUAUUCCCAAGGCAUGUCCGACCUGGUCGCCCCAAUCCUGGCAGAGGUCCUGGAUGAGUCGGAUACUUUCUGGUGUUUUGUGGGAUUGAUGCAGAACACCAUCUUCAUCAGCUCGCCCCGGGACGAGGAUAUGGAGAAACAGCUGAUGUACCUGCGGGAGCUGCUGAGGCUCAUGCACCCACGCUUCUACCAGCACCUUUCUGCCCUGGGGGAGGACGGCCUGCAGAUGCUCUUCUGUCACCGCUGGAUCCUCCUCUGCUUUAAACGGGAGUUCCCCGACGCUGAGGCUCUGCGCAUGUGGGAAGCCUGCUGGGCACACUACCAGACAGACUACUUCCACCUCUUCAUCUGUGUGGCCAUCGUGGUGAUUUAUGGGGAUGAUGUCAUUGAACAACAGCUGGCCACCGAUCAGAUGCUGCUGCAUUUCGGCAACCUGGCUAUGCACAUGAACGGAGAACUCGUACUCAGGAAGGCGAGGAGCCUGCUCUAUCAGUUCCACCUGCUGCCCCGCAUCCCCUGCAGUCUGCACGACCUGUGCCAGCUGUGUGGGACGGGGAUGUGGGACAGCGGCUUCAUCCCUGCAGUGGAGUGUUCUGGUCACCACCCCGCAGCCGAGGGCUGCCCCUAUGGGGGGCUGGUGGAGGAUUCUUCUCCCAAGGCAGGAGGUGAAGGCAGGAGAGGAGUGAAAACACACGACAUCUUCAAUUUCCGAAAAUAGCUGGAGAGGAACCGGGAGCUCCAGAGGAAGAGGGAAGGGCAGGAAGGAUGUGCAGAGGAAAAAUGUGGAGGACAAAAAUGGAGGGGAGGUUUGUCAAGGCUCCAGAGAGGACUGGAAGGGGGAGAAUGAAAGAGGGAUGGAGUCUGUGUGCAGGAGAAUGGCACCGUGUGAGCGGAGGAACGGGGCGAAACGCACCCAACCAGGAACAGCGUUUGCACGUGCUUGGAUUUGAUCUUCAUAGGAACACAAAGUGUUUCUAGACCUUCACAAGGACUUUUUUACUCUGCCUCUGAGACUGGACUGGUUGGGAACCAGAAGUUGUACCUUGCUGAUGAGAAGCGUGAACACUAAUGAGAGCCGAGUGCCCCCAGCAGAGUGUGUGGCUGGUGGGGGGGGGGGCAGGGCCCUGCAGCAUCCCUGCACCCCGAGCACACGUGCUUCAACCAGAACAAUGCCUCUUGGUGGCUUCUCUCUAACGCCACGACGAUCAUUUUAAUUACAAUCUGCCAAAAAUAAACCUGCAGACCAUUGGGACUGCAGGGAAAGUAUCUGUUCUGUUGGUGAGGAAGAGCUGGUCACCUGAAGGCCAUCUCUCGCUCUCUCUGUUUUUACAUGGCAUGCCUGCUGGCGUGAUUCUUCUCCUUUUGUACAGAGAGUGCACAGCCACGGGUCUUACAGCACUGCUUUCUGUAGUCAGGGUAUUUCAUAGACACCUUUUGGAGUUUACUUCUUUGUGACAUUACAGCAAAGCUGCUGCUUUAUGCUGCCAGCCGCAGACUUUAGAACCUUGUUUAUGGAAUUCUGUUGUUUCUAGUGUGUUUCCAACGUGUUCCCUUUGGCUCUUCCCAACGACUGAAUAUUUUCUGUCCUUAUUUGUUUUUGCCAUAGGCACGUGGGGCGGACCCAGCGCUCCUCAGCUGAUGCCACCCGUAUGCACUCUUCCCCAUCCUGAAAGAAAAACAAAACUUGGUUUGUUGCAGUUGUUUUUGCUGAGCUGUCUUUGGUAAACGUUUCCCUUGAAGUAUUUUUGGAAGGACAGCAUGUUUUCACUGCUGCCUUCUAUAAAAUCUGCCAACUGGAAGCUGUGCUGAGGCCUUGAGUGCAGCCAUGUUGCCAAAUACGAAACGUCUUUACCAAAUCCACUGGCAGCCAAAGGUGUGUGCUGAGCCAAAGCUCGUGCCAAGAGGAGUCUGGGGAAAGCUUCCUUAGGAACGGACGUGGAGAUGGGCUAGCAGAGGGCCGUGCUGGUUUUGCUGCUUCCUUCUGCCCAGCGCUGUGGCACUGAGCCCGGCAGGCAGGUUGGUGCAGAGCACAGUGCUGUGCUGAGACCCACCAAGCACAUGCUGCUUCCCCAGUGGGAGAAGUCCUGGCCUCAGGCUGCACCUCGAGGCUGCAACGCUGUGCUGGGGCAACUCUAGAGGGUCCAGCACUGCUCCUGCUGCAGCAAAUAGGAGGCAACGGGAGGAGCUGAAGUCGAUAAUUUCUGGUGUUAUUUUUUCUGCCAUUGAAAUGUCGUGCAGCGAUGUGGAAAUCACUCAGGAUUUGUUUGGUGACAAACAGCACUGCGGUUCUCCCACGCGUGGCACAGCCCAAAGCAGGGCACUGCUGGGAUCUCCUUGACCCCCCACCUGCUGCCACCCGAUGUCCCACGGCAGAUUUCAGCCAUUUGCAGCGCCAUGGCCCCAGUGUUGGCUGCUGGUAACUCACGGUGCCUCUAUUAAAUUCACACUAAAUGUCCACAGCUCUCUGUGCUGGCAUCGUUCCUGUGUCAGACGGCAGUGGUUGGGGUUGGCUGUUCUCUGGGCAGCUGCUGCUCAGGGGAGCGACGUGGUGUUUGCCUGUUGUGAGCUGCACUCAAUAUUCCCCUUCCUCCUGCUCCUGUGUCAGGGUAGGGGGCAGCAGGUUGGGGGCUGCAGGGCUGCCAUCCCCAGGGCUGCAUGCAGGCAGUGAGCUGCAAAUUGUGGGCACGGGAAUGGCUGCAGACACUGCUGAGCUGUCAGUGGGGCUGUGCAGGAACACCACGCUCUGGAAGCUGGUGCAUCACCCUCUGUGUCUCCCUGCUUGGCUCAAACACACAGCAGCAGGGACAGCUGCAUCAUGGUCACCUCGUGCCCAAAACGCCUUCCAACUGCUUUGUGACUGCUUUGUGCUCCUUGUCCCCACAGACUGCUCCCAGACCAGGCUGCUGGAAACCCAAAGGAAGCUCCUGAAAUAUUUUCACAGCCAAUUUUAUUGCAGUCUGCAUUUCGGCCAAGAGUUCCCACAGAAUCCAAGUGUCCAAAAGUCACCACCCUCCGAAUGCAGUUGAUUUCUUCCUCCAGCUCUGAAAGGCAGCUCUCUCUAAGGUCAUGCUUAUAAAGGGCUUUGAAAACA